CAGCUUACACUCAGACUAAAUAUAGAUCCAUCGCGAGGGAACCCGGACACCGCGUCUCCCCACGCACAGCACUGCUCGCUUAUCUGCAUGUUGUGAUUAGCUGGAAAGUUUGAUUAUGUCGGUGCCAUCUUUUCCUGUUUUUUUAAAUAUUAGAUUUUUUUUUACACAGGAAAAAACAAAAACUGGAUUUCUUUAGAGAAAAAGACCCUAACCUUCAACUACACACGCGUAAAGCGCAUUUUUAACUCAUUGUUCUUGGCAGCGCGCACACGCUGUCCAACAAGUGCGUGCUCGAGGCUCAACUGCUGUGUCUUAAGAAGCGAUUGAGGAGAAAACAAUCAUAUGAAGAUCACUGUCUAACGACCUGGAGAUCGAAUCGAUCCACGCAACCUCGCCAAACGCGCACAUACUUUGUCGCAUUGAUGAAAAUGCGCGUUUGUUUGAUGCGCGUCGUGUGAGCUGGUGGAUUAUGUGGAUCUGCUAGUUUCCCCGCCGAUGGAGCCGCCGUUAUUCGUUGUCUUUGUCAUUUUUACAACAAACUAAAGACCCGGCAGUUUGCUUAUAUUGUGAAGAUUCGAACCCAAAAGCCUUACAUUUAGAGCACCAGUGACCUGUGAAGACUUGCAAAUCCCUAAACCUGGUUUCUUGGAGAGGGCUGCGUAAUUGCGCACGCUGCGAGAGUUGCCUAUAGCCUUCUAUCGGACCUUUCCAUGGAAUCCUCUCAACGCGUGAUUUCCAGUGAGGGUUUCAGUCCGAUCUGAUGUGGGGUGAAAAGUUGCCUUCUGGACAGUAAAUCUCAUAUAUGAGGAUCAAUACACACGUGCUGGUCAACAUAAAUUGCAAAAAUGCCUAUGCAUCCGGUGACUUCCACUUUGAUGUACCGGGGUAUCUGCACCAUUCCUGAUAUCCUGUCGUACCGGGCACCGGUCAAUCUGCCUGAGGAUGAGGUGGAAGAAAUCCGGGAGGCGUUUAAGGUGUUUGAUCGAGAUGGGAAUGGCUUCAUCUCAAAGCAAGAGCUCGGCAUGGCCAUGCGUUCUCUAGGGUACAUGCCCAAUGAGGUCGAGCUGGAGGUCAUCAUUCAAAGACUCGACAUGGAUGGUGAUGGUCAGGUGGAUUUUGAGGAAUUUGUUACUCUCCUGGGGCCCAAACUCUCGGCUGCUGGGAUGCCUGACAAGUUCAACGGAACCAAUUUUGACUCUGUGUUCUGGAAGUGUGAUAUGCAGAAGCUGACUGUGGAAGAGCUGAAGAGACUCUUAUAUGACACCUUCUGUGACCACCUGACUAUGAAGGACAUCGAGAAUAUCAUCAUGACAGAGGAGAAUCACAUCGAAAAUCCUGAGGACUGCCAGGUUGACAUUGACACGGAAAGUCCGACCCAGCAGGUGAAGCAAACAUGCGUUCGGAAGAGUCUGAUCUGUGCCUUCGCGAUUGCUUUCAUCAUCAGUGUCAUGCUUAUCGCAGCCAAUCAGGUGCUUCGCAGUGGUAUGAAGUAACCGAAUGGACCAGUCACAACGUAGAUCCAAUUCAACAUAUAACAGUGCUAAAAAUGUAUGUUUUGGGUGAGUUUAACCGCAUGGACAUCUCCAACCGAGGAUCCUACUCUUCGAUGCAUGACGAUGCAUGGAUUUACAGUAGCCUGGAUGUACCAGUAGAGCUCAGCUGUGCAUCCAUUCAUCUAUAUAUUAGACCCCAAAACAAAUUUUCUGAAGAAAGACCCGUCUUACACGUGCGAAGAGUUGGAUAUGCAGCGGGGCCGUUUCUGACAUCUUUUACAUCCAGUAUACUGAUCCCUUUGCAUGAUAAUAAGGGCUGUUUAGGGCAUGCUCAUGUCAUGCAAUGUUAGUCUUGUGUUUGUUGAGUAGCUAUUGUUGGUUUUUACCUGUUACACAUGCCUGAGAUGAUUGUCGUAGUACUCCAUAUGGCCAAAGGGGGCGUGAAAGAACCCAAAAGCGAUACUAUAUCACUAGUGACAUACCUGUAGAGUAUUAAAGGAAUA